CGGGCGGGGCCGGGCCGAGAGUCCAGCCGCCGCUGGCUGGAGAGUCAGUGACUUCCUUGUUGUGAGCCCAGGCCUUGGCAGAGUCCGGUCUGGUAACUCCGCUGUCCUUACCGGGACUGCCAGCCCGAGCCUAGACCGCAGCCCCUCAGUCCCCCUGUCAGCACAGAUCCUCUGCCCGCACGCCCCGCGCUCCCUGACAUGCCCAACCCCGGCAGCACCGCCUCUCCCUACCCCCUCCCUGAGGAGAUUACGAACCUGUUGGCAGAUGUUGAAACAUUUGUAGCAGACAUACUGAAAGGGGAAAAUUUAUCCAAGAAAGCAAAGGAAAAGAGAGACUCCCUUAUUAAGAAGAUAAAAGAUGUAAAGUCUAUCUAUCUUCAGGAAUCUCAGGACAAAGGUGACGCGGAGGACGGCGAAGAGUAUGAUGAGCCCUUAGCUCGGCCUCCAGACACCGCGUCCUUGGCCUCGGAGCGGUACGAUAAGGAGGACGAGGCCCCCUCGGAGGGAAGCCAGUUUCCCCCGAUUGCAGCACAGGACCUUCCUUUUGUUGUGAAGGCCGGCUACCUGGAAAAGCGCAGAAAAGAUCACAGCUUUCUGGGAUUUGAAUGGCAGAAACGGUGGUGUGCUCUCAGCAAAACAGUCUUCUAUUAUUACGGAAGUGAUAAAGACAAACAACAGAAAGGUGAAUUUGCAAUAGAUGGCUACAGUGUCAGAAUGAAUAACACCCUUAGGAAGGAUGGAAAGAAAGAUUGCUGUUUUGAAAUCUCUGCUCCUGAUAAACGCAUCUAUCAGUUUACAGCAGCUUCUCCCAAAGACGCCGAGGAAUGGGUACAGCAGCUGAAAUUUGUAUUGCAAGACAUGGAAUCCGAUGUGAUCCCUGAGGAUGGUGACGAAAGAGAAGUCUAUGAUGACGUUGACCACCCUCUGCCAGCCAGUGGCCCACCAACCUGCGGCCGGCCCAUAGACGAUGAAAUUUACGAGGAACUCCCAGAAGAGGAAGAGGACAUGGCUGAGGUGACAAUGGAGGAACAAAGGAGGCCCAGUCAGGACGAUGUGCAUCCCAGUUCAGGAGAUAAAAGCACGGACUAUGCUAAUUUUUACCAGGGGUUGUGGGACUGCACGGGAGCUCUUGCGGACGAGCUCUCCUUCAAGCGUGGUGAUGUGAUCUACAUUCUCAGCAAGGAAUACAAUAGAUAUGGCUGGUGGGUAGGAGAAAUGAAGGGAGCCAUUGGCUUGGUGCCGAAAGCCUACAUAAUGGAGAUGUAUGAUAUCUGAGAGUCCUGGAAAAGGAAGCAUCGUGGGCUUGUCUGCAGGUACCUUGGAAUCAGAGCAUUGCCGAUUGCCCGGGUGACUUCUCAGAACCUUUCUGUUUGCUGAACAUUCCUUGACUUUGUUAAAUUUUAUGCAGUUGUUCAUUAAAAUAUUUCCCUGAUGUGAAACUAAAUGAGGGAGGAUUAAUGUAAAUUAGAUGCAAGCAGUAAAGUUGUACUUGUUGCUCUUUUGCAAGGAAGUAAUUACAGUUUUUAUCUACCCAUUUGAUUUGUGUGAGGAAUUCAUCACGUUUCAUACGUAUGUUGGAGUCACUGCUGCUUCUGGUGUGAGCUGUAAUCGCCUUAAUCAUUGGACAUCAGUUAUGCUUUAGAGUGUAACAUGUAAUUUCACAGAAUUUUUAAUUGUCUAGAUCAUGAAAGCUUUUAAUAGAUGCCAAAGGAUGCAGCGAUGUUGAAAUUCUGUAGCUGACUUUUUCUUAGUUUUUGUUUUUCACAAAAUGGUAACAUGAUUUCAUGAAAGCAGUUUUACAGAUUGGUAAAUUUAUGUCCUAUUAAAUAGAACUGCAAGAAAGAAAAAAAAAAAUCAUAGAGUAUCGUCGUGCUGUUACCUGCAACACAAGUGCAAGGCAGAUACAGUCCUUCACCAGUAACUUAUCCUGGCUGGAUGAUGAGCUUGCCAGCAUUUUCUACUGUAGUUCUGUUUAACUUUAUGAAACAAAAAAUGUGUAAGAGACCCUGCUCUACCGCUAGCAUUAUGGUAGAAAGAAUCUCAAUUCUCAAAGAAGGCAUCAGCAAGCCCUCGCUUCCCCUGCCUUCCUACUGCUCUGCUGUUCCAGUCCUAUCGCGAGACAGCAGAUCUGAGUCUGCUGUGUACUUCCCAGGGCACUGAGAAGUGACGGCAGGCAGAGAGGAGGGUGUGGAAAGCAUGGUGGUCACAUGUGCCAGCAGGUGAGUGGCAGCUGGCGGCAGCCCGACGUUUGAGUUGCCCACAGGGCUGCGCCGCCUGAGCAAGCCUUGCAGCAGCGUGGCAUCGCCUUCUCAGGUGUGUUUGCCAGCAGAGGUGUUGUAAGCGCCUGUGUGGGACCACUGGGGCCCACACACUCCAGAUGCACUGCUGGCUGCAUAGCCAUUUGCACUAGACUUCCUCUCCUAGUGGCCAACUGCGACUGCGCAGGUGCUGACCUGGCUGAACUUUUGAGAUCUCUGCUUCCUAAAGGCUCUAGCCAUGUACAUGAGCUGCUAGUAUUUUAAACCUCCAGUGUUUAUGUAAAACUAUUUAUAAGCAGUUGUUAAGAGUGUCCAUUUUACCAUUAUUACCCCCUUCCUGCUUAAUCUCAGGAUUAAUUUCAAAUGUAAAAAAAAAAUUUAAAGAUGGGGAGAAAACUCAUUUCUGUACAUAGACAUUGCCACUUAGAGCUUUCCAAAAUGCAUACACGCAGUCGUGAACCGUUUCCUACUAGGAUGCCACUGGAAUACGUUGAAAUCAUCUCGGGUGGAAAAGCAAGGGCACUUGUUGGCAGCCACCGUGGAUGGAGCUUUGCUGGGAGACGCCCCGUCCCUGCUUCGGGGUCCGGAGGUUUUUAGCGCCAGGCCAGUAGAUGGCAGCAGCUUUGCAUCGCACACAAAACCACUUGGCAGCCCCUCCCCCGCUCAGACUCCGCCUCGCUCGGGCUGUAAAGCAUUUAGAUUUCUGCAGUGAAUCCAGGAGAGGGAGUCCUUAGCCAACUGAUGCCCAGCGAUUGCAGGGCAGCCAAGCUCUGAGCAGUGCCAGGCCAGAAACCAGGUGCUACUUCUGUCCAGCGCUCCCCUGGCCUUUGUUCCUUCUUAAACUUGGGGCUAGAUGGGAGGUGACCCAAAGGAAACAAAAGAUGGCAAACUGCAGAAUAAUCAUCGCUUUGGAUUCAUGGCUCCAUUGUUGUCCUCUGGUGAAAUCAGUUGUACACUAACAGGGAAAGUUUUCUCUGCACCCUUGACAACGUAUCACAUACUCUGCUCCAUCAUAAUCAUGUCAUUAAUGUGAAUUCAAACAACGCGGCUUGUUAGAAAAUAUGCUAAUUGCUAUGUUCUCAUUAUGUUUGCUUAGCUUUUAUUUGUUUUCCUAUGAACAGUUAGAGAGCUAAUUUUUUUCAAAGGUGAUUGUGAGUCAUAUUUUAUAUAGCAUUUUGCUUGAUUAUUUGCUCGGUUCUGAAUUUGUACUCUAUUGCCAUUAGAUCUUACAAUAAUGUUCCACUCUGCAAAUUUUUAAGGU